GCGGCCGGGUGAACGGGCUGAGCCGCCCGCCCGGCGCCAUCGCCAUGAAGGAUCACGACGCCAUCAAGCUCUUCGUGGGGCAGAUCCCGCGGAACCUGGAGGAGAGCGACCUCAAGCCUCUCUUCGAGGAGUUCGGCCGCAUCUACGAGCUCACCGUCCUCAAGGAUCGCUUCACCGGCAUGCACAAAGGCUGUGCCUUCCUCACCUACUGCGCCCGUGACUCGGCCCUGAAGGCGCAGAGCGCCCUGCACGAGCAGAAGACGCUGCCGGGGAUGAACCGCCCCAUCCAGGUGAAGCCGGCCGACAGUGAGGGCCGAGGAGAAGACAGGAAGCUCUUUGUGGGCAUGCUGGGGAAGCAGCAGAGCGAGGAUGACGUCCGGCGCCUCUUCGAACCUUUUGGCCAGAUUGAGGAGUGCACUAUCCUCCGAGGGCCUGAUGGAGCCAGCAAAGGUUGUGCCUUUGUGAAGUACGGCAGCCACGCCGAGGCGCAGGCUGCCAUCAACAGCCUCCACGGCAGCCAAACCAUGCCGGGCGCCUCGUCCAGCCUGGUGGUGAAGUUUGCAGACACAGACAAGGAAAGGACCCUGCGGCGGAUGCAUCAGAUGGCAGGGCAGCUGGGCAUCUUCAAUCCCAUGACCAUCCAGUUUGGCGCCUACGGGGCCUAUACGCAAGCGAUCAUGCAGCAGCAGGCAGCCCUGAUGGCGGCUGCGCAGGGGACCUGCCUGAACCCCAUGGCCGCCAUCGCCGCCGCCCAGAUGCAGCAAAUGGCUGCCUUCAACGUCAGCGGGCUGGUGGCCGCCCCCCUCACCCCCUCUUCAGGUACAAGCACCCCCCCUGGCAUCAGCACGGCGCCCGUGCCCAGCAUCGCCACGCCAAUCGGGGUCAACGGCUUCAGCCCGCUGCCACCACAGACCAACGGGCAGCCCGCCUCAGAGACCAUCUACACCAACGGCAUCCACCCCUACCCAGCUCAAAGCCCCACGGUGGCAGAUCCCCUCCAGCAAGCCUACGCAGGCAUGCAGCACUAUGCAGCAGCGUAUCCCACUGCCUACGCUCCCAUCAGCCAAGCCUUUCCCCAGCAAGCACCCAUCAUCCCGCAGCAGCAGCGAGAAGGAGGAAGGGGCUGA